CGCCGUGUUGAGUGCCUGCACGUGUUUUAAAUUCGCGUGUUUUGGUUUUGUGGUUGCUCUUCAUUUCGGGACGUUGUGCUGCAAUUUAACGAGAAAUAGUGGAAAACCGAUUGAUAUAUCAUUUAAAUUCCGACCAAGUGGUGUCUGGAGAGAUGGAGGUGAACGCCAACAAGCUGCGGUUCGGCGCACAGCGACUGCUGCAACUGACGGCGAAGGAGCCGCACGACAACGUGUUUUCCGAAAGCCUACAGAAGUUUAUCAAGAAGCAGAAAUAUGUGCCGCAAGAUGUGGAGCGCCUGUUCCGCGGGCUCAGUGAACACCUGCCGCUGGCCGCCUACACGGUGCCUGUAACUGUGUGCUUCGAAGAGCAGUUGCUGCUGCUCCUCUCCAUGGCGCUGCGCUGGGAUGCUACGGCUGGCCAGAGUUUUCGGCAGUACCAAGAGGAGUGUGCCGCUCUGGCCAAGCUCAUGGAUUUCUCUGUGGAUGCGCAAAGAUUUGCCAAGAGCUACUUUCGUGGCAAGCCAGCUCCCUUCCAGGAAAGCCAGAGCCCUGAAAGUUUGUCCCACAAAAAGCUAAAGAACGGCAGUAGCAGCAACUAUCCAGAGGAUCAGGAGCUCAUUGCCUGCUGCUAUCAGUUGCUAAAAAGCGACACGCCCUACUUCCGCGAGCUGUGGGACUGGUCAAGCUUUAUUUCCACCUAUGCACACUCCCAGUCAUCGUGCCCGAAGACGCAACUAUACUGCAACCACAUCAUGGCCUUGCUCACAAAUAUGACUGCUCCUCAGCUGAACGCUCUGAAUGACAAGGUGCCCACCGAAACGCGAUUGGAAUUUGACGGGGAGAAGGAGCAGGCUUGGCUGAUAGCCAGGAACACUGGCAAUCCCAGCUACAGUCCAGAUGCUGCCGAUCAAUUGCUAAACCUGCAGCUAGAGGGAAUCAAUCAGGCUGUGACCAACAUCGAGGGCGUUCUGCUGCCCACAUUCAACAAGGAGAAUCUGGAGUUCUAUGCCACCACCGAUGGCUGCUACGAUCGCAUUGUGAAGGUGGACUCAACGGUGGUCAAUUUGCGUAGCAUAGCCCUUGGCGUGGCAGCUGCCAAGCCCAUUUGCCUAUCCGGACCCGUGGGCUGUGGCAAAACCACGCUCAUUGAGUAUUUGGCCCGUAAAACUGGACGCAUUUGUCCCAAGCCAAAGGAGAUUGAGAUCAGGGAGAAGGCUUUACAGAAAGCAGAGGAAGAAGACCAGCUGCUGAUACCGAAGAAAAAGAACUCUAAGAAAACGGGAAGCAAACGCAAAUUGGAGGAUAUGCCCCUGGAAGACCUACUCGAUCUGGGAGAAACCACGCAAAGAAAUGGCUUUCUACGCAUUCAACUAGGGGAUCAGACCGACAGCAAGAUGCUGCUGGGUCAAUAUAGGUGCACCGAUGUACCGGGAGAGUUUGUCUGGCUUCCUGGAGUAUUGACGCAGGCCGUCAUGCAUGGUUAUUGGUUGCUUCUAGAGGACUUAGAUGCCGCCGCCCAGGAUACGUACACUAUACUGAGCAGUCUUUUCGAGCGUCAGAGUCUCAGUGUUCCUGGCUUCCGUGAUUCUGUGAAAAUAGAGCCGGGAUUUCAGCUGUUUGUCACAGUGAGAACCAACAAAUCGGCCAGCAACUCUAGCGCAAAAUCCCUGUACUCCCUGCUGGAUAAGUAUCUGUACACCAUCAACAUCCUUCCCCUUUCCCGCAACGAACUCUGCAAGGUCGUGAGUACUAACUAUCCCAAACUGUCCACGGUGGCCAAUCGUAUUGUGGAUGUGUUUCUUACCUUCUCCAGCGGCGAUCACACGUCCGCUGAUAAUUUGAGAAAGCAGGAAUCGGGCGACAAGGCUGAUAAUACAGAAAAAUAUGUGGCCUUGCCCUUUGAGCAGGUCUCUCUAGGUACGUCCAGUCCCAACUCCGGUAGAUUGGUGUCCACCCGUGACCUGGUGAAGCUGUGCCAUCGCUCUGACUCUCAGUUUUCGGUCACGAGCUCUGAGUGCGCCUACUUUGUCUUCCAAAACGCAGUGGAUGUGUUCUGUUCCUAUUUGCCGCAUAGUAAGGAGAAGAUCACCCUGAUCACUAGUAUCGGAGCCAAGCUGGGCAUCAUCCGUUCCCGCUGCGAGCAUUUUGCGAAUGAAUACAAGCCAGAUGUGGAGUUCGGGCUGGAGCAUAUCAGGAUAGGAAGGGCCAACCUGCUGGCCAAAUCGGAGCUGGCAGAGAAUGAGGAAGCCUCUGAACAGGACUUGAAGCGACAGAAGCUUACAGAGCAGACAAGGCGAGCCAUUGGAAAGGUGGCUGGUCACAAGAAGACCACCUUCUCGUUCACCCGUCUGGCCAGCUGCAUCCUUGAGCGGAUUGCCGUGUGUGUGAGCCACUCGGAGCCGGUACUGCUGGUGGGCGAAACUGGAGUGGGCAAGACCUCGUCGGUGCAAUACCUUGCCGAGCGUACGGAGCACAAGCUGGUAGUGGUGAACAUGAACAACCAGUCGGAUGUGUCGGAUUUGGUGGGUGGCUUCAAGCCCGUGGAGCUUAAUUACGUUUUAGAACCGCUGCGGAUCGAAUUCGAGCAUCUCCUGUGCGAGACCUUCAAUCCGGAGAAGAACACACAGUUCCUGCGCAUCUUUGCCACGCACUACAACAGCGGUCGCCAUACUGUGAUCAUCCGGACCAUGAUUAAUAUCUGCCUGCAGGUGGCCAAGAACCCCGAGUUGAAGUGCCACCAGUUGCUGCCCCGCUGGGGGACCUUAAGCGAGAAACUGCAAAAGCUGCAGAUGCAGCUGGACAAGAGCAUCAACAUCUCAUUUGCUUUCAUACCCGGUUCCCUGGUGAACUGCAUCAGCAAUGGCGAUUGGGUUUUGCUGGACGAGAUCAACUUGGCCUCGGCGGAGACCCUGGAAUGCCUUUCCACCAUCCUCGAACCGGAGGGCUCUGUGGUGCUUCUAGAGCGGGGUGAUUUCACGCCCGUAAAGCGGCAUCCGGACUUUCGAAUCUUUGCCUGCAUGAAUCCCAACACGGAUAUUGGCAAGAAGGACCUGCCCGUGGGCAUACGCAAUCGUUUCACGGAGUUCUUUGUGGAUGAACUCACAACGGAUGCAGAUUUGAGCCUGCUGGUGAGUGACUACCUGGCCAAUACUGGGAUACAGCGAAAGUCCGUGCACAGCAUAGUCCAGUUGUACAAAUCCCUACGCCGGCUGUCGGAGCUCCAGCUGAACGAUGGCCUUGGGAAUCGUCCUGUUUACUCGCUGCGCACCCUAUGCCGCAGCUUACGAAUCUGUGCGCGGAAUCUUUGCGGCUCCAUCGAGCGGAAUCUGUACGAGAGCUUCUGCCUGAGUUUCCUCACCCAACUGGAUCCGGAAUCCCACCACGUGGUGCUGCUGCUCAUCCAGAAUGCCCUGCUAUCCAACGCCAAGGCUGUGUUGAGCAAACAAUUGCCGCAAUUGGGUGAGAAUUAUUUGGACUUUGAGGGCUACUGGAUUCAGCCGGGUAACCUGGAGCUGCAGCCCUGCUCGCACUACAUUCUCACGGAGAGUGUGAAGAAGAACCUUAAGGAUCUGUCCCGCAUCAUCUCGAUUGGAAAGCUGCCUAUCCUUCUACAGGGACCCACAAGUGCGGGUAAGACCAGCUUGAUUGAUUAUGUGGCCAGGAGGAGUGGCAAUCGAUGCCUGAGGAUCAACAACCAUGAGCACACGGAUCUCCAGGAGUACAUUGGUACCUAUGCAGCGGAUUUGGAUGGCAAGCUGACCUUUAGAGAGGGGGUUCUGGUGCAGGCCAUGCGUCAUGGCUUCUGGAUUAUCCUCGACGAGCUCAAUCUUGCCUCCACGGACAUUCUGGAGGCCCUCAAUCGCGUGCUGGAUGACAACAGGGAGCUGUACAUUGCAGAGACCCAGACUUUGGUAAAGGCCCAUCCCAACUUUAUGCUGUUUGCCACGCAGAAUCCUCCUGGACUCUAUGGCGGCCGAAAGACCUUGUCGCGUGCCUUCAAGAAUCGUUUUAUUGAGCUCCACUUUGCGGACAUACCGCGUGUGGAACUGGAGACCAUUCUGGAGAAGCGCUGCCUGAUUCCGCCCUCUUAUGCCCGCAAGAUGGUCCAGUGCAUGACCCAGUUGCAGCAGCAUCGCCAGAACACCGCCAAGCAGGUGUUUACCCUGCGCGACCUCUUCCGCUGGGGCAAUCGCUAUACUCAUGCGGACAAGUCCCUGCACGAGGACACCAAGUAUGACUGGAAUCAGCAUCUCGUGGAGGAGGGCUAUCUUGUGUUAUCCUCGAAGGUGCGUUCACAGGAAGAGCAUGAGCUGAUCGAGAGGACUCUGCAUGCCAACUUCCGCAAGAAACUGGAUCUACAGUUGCUCUUUGACAUCCAAACGGAAAGGAAGAACUCCUCCAUGGUGAGUCGAAAAAUUCUAGAUGCCAUUAGGAACUUUAAGCAGCGCGGCGACAUUGUUUGGACUCGGAACAUGACCCGCAUGGCUGUGCUCACGGCCAAGGCCUUGGAAUUUGAUGAGCCUGUGCUCCUGGUGGGUCCAACGGGUUGUGGCAAGACCACUGUUUGCCAGCUCCUGGCCAGCAUAGCGAAUGUCCAGCUGCGCAUUCUCAACUGUCACAUGCACACCGAGGGGGCAGACUUCUUGGGCGGAUUGCGUCCUUGCCGAGGAAAGGAAUCAAACCAGUUGUUUGAAUGGGCCGAUGGUCCUCUAAUUUAUUCCAUGCAAGAGGGCUCUUACUUUAUGGCCGAUGAGAUAUCCCUGGCUGAGGAUUCGGUUUUGGAGCGGCUCAAUUGCAUCCUGGAGCCAGAGCGCACGGUGCUUUUGGCGGAGAAGGGCGGCGUGGCUGAGGUUGAUGUAAAUCCAGACUUUGUGGUUCAGGCUAAGCCUGGCUUUCAGUUCCUUGCCACCAUGAAUCCAGGUGGAGAUUUCGGCAAGAAGGAACUCUCACCCGCUUUGAGGAAUCGCUUCACCGAGGUCUGGUGCCUGCCCUCCGACAACAAGGAGGAUCUCAUAGAGAUUGCCUACAACUGCAUGAGCCGGCAAGCGGAUCAAGACCAGAUAAAUACCCACAAAGUGGCCGAGUACCUGGUGGAGAUAGUGCUGCAUAUACGCAACUCCAAUGAGAAAUUCAAGUUCUCCGUGCGCGACAUCCUGGCCUGGGCCAAUUACAUGGUCAGUAAUCGAAGGUUAAGCUUUGCCGAACAGGCCAUUUUCGGUCUGGAAACUAUAUUUCUAGAUGCGCUGGAAAUGCUGCCCCAUGAAUCGCAGGAGCAGGUGGAGCAGCUGAAGGCCAGGAUCACCAAGGAGGCUGUCAAACAGGCUGGUUUGAUCUUGAAAGAAAAGUUUUCCCUGGAGGAAGUUAAGCAGAAGAGAGGCUUGGAAGUCCAGCUGGAUGAGUCACGCUUUGGCAUUCGUCCUUUUUUUAUUGAAGUAAAUCCGGAACGCUUGUCGCCGGCCAAGGCAGACUUCCUGUUCGAUGCCCCUACCACCAAGCAGAACUUGUUCCGUUUACUAUCUGCUCUUUCACUCCACAAGCCUGUGCUCCUGGAGGGACCACCUGGUGUGGGAAAAACCUCCAUUGUGGAGAGCAUUGCGGCAGCCAUUGGCUAUCAAAUCGUGCGCAUCAACCUUUGCGAGCACACAGACCUGGCUGAUCUCUUCGGCACCGAUCUUCCAGCUGAGGAUAAUCUGCUUGAGACCGAGGUGGCAUCUUCGGGUCUCCGUCAAAUGGGCAGCUUUGUGUGGCGCGAUGGUCCUUUGUUGGCUGCUCUAAAAUCAAAGAACACCUGGAUUCUGCUGGAUGAACUGAAUCUGGCACCACAGUCCGUUCUAGAGGGUCUCAAUGCUGUGCUGGAUCAUCGCGGAGAGGUGUACAUCCCAGAAUUGAACAAGAGUUUCCACUUGGCUGGCUCCACGCGAAUCUUUGCCUGCCAGAAUCCCCUUAAGCAGGGCGGCGGACGCAAGGGUUUGCCGCAAUCCUUCCUCAAUCGUUUUACCAAAGUGUAUCUCCGCAAGCUGACCACUGAGGAUCUGCUUCAUGUGGUGAAUUCUAAAUACGGGAAGUACUUUGAGCAGUUGAAUGGGCAUUUCCUAGAGCUUCUGGACAAGGACACCGAAGGAAAUCUCUUUGAUAUCUACGAGGGAAAAGGAAUGAAGUCUCCAACAAACAGCUUUGAUUUAGCAGCUCGCUUGGUUUUGUUCUCGGAGCAACUCGAUCGAGGAGUGGCCUCGAUGGAAUUUGGAUACAAAGGUGGCCCCUACGAGUUUAAUUUACGUGACAUUCUCCGCUGGUGCGAUCUGUUACACAACCCGCAAACGGGUUACAUUAUGGCUACCAAGUCCUCUGUCUUCCAAAAGGCUUUCCAUGAUUUCCUUCUGACCCUCUACGAAAGGAUGCAGCUGGUAUACUACCAAAGGAUGCGCUGUGACCAGGACAAGUUGUAUAUACGUAAUGUCUUCUCGGCUGUCUUUCAAUGCAAUGCUGAGCAGCUAAAUGCCAUUUCCGAGGAUGUUUCUCUUUAUUGGAUAGCGGAUAAGGUGUAUCUCAACGAUGUGGUCCUGCAGCGAGAGCAGGGGGAUGUUCUAGAGAUGGCUACGCAACAGGCGCAGGCACCUCCUAUGCUUCUGGACAGCCAAAGGCAGCUGCUUAAGCAAAUAGUAGAGACUGUGCACAUGGAGAAGCCUUUGCUACUUUGCGGCUCCACAGACAGUGGCAAGACCAAGCUGAUUGAUGCCCUCUGUGUCCUGUCCAAUCGAGUGUGCAACACGGACAUUAUUGAUGACUCGGUGACGGGUAGUUUUCAGCAGAUUGAUUUGAAUCGUCACCUGGAGGUGAUUUACAAGAAGGUUGAGAUCCUGGUCUUUGCCAGCGUUCAACGUGCAUUUGUCCAGCAAAACCAUUCGGAGUUUACAGAGCAGUUGUGGAGCUUAUGGAGCAAAUACAAUGCCCUGGCCAAGGUGACUACAGAGUUCCAGCAGCACAGCGUUUUGGAUGAACUGAAGCUUUUUAGCGAGCGUUUGGUCUCACUAGGCAGGAUCAUAGAGAAGUUAGAAGCCACACCAGCGGCCUGCCAAGGGGAGGCCUUCCAGCAGCUCAAGGACAUCAAAUCGCAGCUCUUUCUACUCCAGGCCUACAUUAAGUCCGCCGAUUCCCUUAACACAGGCGGUUCCUUUGAGUGGGUGGACUCCCGCAUUGUGACCUCGCUGAAAUGCGGUCAAUUCAUAUUGCUCGAGCAUGUGAAUCUCUGUUCAUCGGCUGUCCUGGAUCGCCUGAAUCCUGUAUUUGAGCCCAAUGGCAGCCUUUUGAUUGCCGAAAAGGGAAUUAGCGCCCAGGACAGUGCUGAGGUGGUGUCGAAGUCCCCUGGAUUCCGAGCCUUCCUCACUGUGGAUCCCAAAAAUGGCGAACUAUCGCGAGCCAUGCGCAAUCGUUGCAUAGAGUUAUCCUUGUCUAGGGACAGCUAUUCGGCGGAUGACAUGCGGGCCUUUGUCCAUGAGCAGGGCGUGCACCAAACAGAGGCCAUUGACUGUAUCCUGGGCAUUCACAAAGGCAUUUCUCAGCUAACAGAGUUCAAUAGCUACACCAUUUCGCACCUCACCCAGUUUGCCUUUUUGAGUGCCGCCUACAAGCGGAUUGGUUACCAGCUGAAGCGUGCAAUCUAUGUGGCCGCCAUGGAGGUGUAUGUGUACUCCGCCAGCACGGAUCUGAUGGGCUUUGGCUUGUCCUAUUAUCAGAAUAAACUAAGAGAAGUAGUGCUGGCCCAGACCGAGUUGUUUGAGGAGGAUACCACGUCCCAAGAGGAUCUUUUAAACCAGGUCAUUCUCAGCACAGGAAACCUGAAUUCCUUGGCGCUAAUCAAACUGCAAGCAGCGGUUUUAAAAGUUUUAGUAGAUUCCACUGGCAAUAUGCCCGAAAAGCAAUUGGCAGCUCUGUUUCAGGAUAUGAAAGACCUAAAAUUGGUUGAAAUCAAACGAGAGGAAUUGAUUCGCCACUUCCUGUACAUUCUCUACGAGUCAUGUGCUUUUGGAGACCUGGAGUUGAGACAUCUCUACCUGGAACCUUGGCUAAGGGACCACCCAUCUCUUCAAGAGUUAUCCCAGCAUCUUUACACCUGCCUGCAAAAGAGGAGCAGCCAAACUCUGGUAAAUCUGCCCUGGAAUCGUCGGCUCUUUACCAGACUCCGUGACUACGCCGGAGAUACUGAAAGCAGCUUGGAUGUGAAUUCCCUAAACCUGAGCGCUCUCCUUCUCGCCCGACUCUUGGUGUCUAAAAUUCCUUCAAGCACCGCUACAGCAGUAAAGAACAUGAAUGCCCUGGAGUAUUCGCAGGCUCUGCUAAAAUGCAACGUAACCGAGAAGUUUGCUAAUACUUUCCUAUCCAAUCUGGCCAGCUUCCUUCAAGAACUAAACAGCUUUUUGUUGGAUAACUUGGAAGCAGCUAAGUUGGACCUGCCACAGUAUGCAGAGUUAGUAACCCGCUUCCAUUGGUUCAAUCGGUUGGUGGUCACAGCUCAGCAAAAACUGCUCUACAACAAUGUGGUGCAUACCCCACUGAUGCAGAAGCUGGUGCUCCAUUUCCAAUGGCUGGAGAAGCACCUACUGUUUCCUCUACUCGAGUUGACUCCCUCCGCGGGAAAGCUCACCCUGCAAAAGAGUAUGAGGGAGAUAAAGGAGUACAUUGAGGAGACGAAGCGACCCCUGAACGUGACGUGCAAGAUUUACUCCAAGCAAUUCACCCAGUUCCAGCCCUACUAUCAGGAUCAACAGAUACAACUUCACAAUGACUUGGAGCAAUUGGUGGCCUUGCUCAGUGUGGUGCCCAUCUAUGCCAACUUGGAGCUCAACGUUUGGCUCAAGAAAUGGACGCUGCUGCAGUCGGAGGAGGCAAACAAAUGGCGGUUGUUCCUGCGCAGCCACUCUCAUGGCUUCCAGUUGAAACCCUUUGAAUUAAGUGGAGCCCUGGAGAAUGAGACCCUGCAAUCCUGCCUGCAGAAACUGCAAACCAAGCUAAAGGAAGCCCAGGAAGCCGGGACCGAAAACGGUUUGGAUCUAGAGUUAAAUCUCAAUGGUAUAAAGGAACUUUUGGAUGCAGACAAGGAAGAGGAUCAGUAUAUACACCCGGAAAGUGUGGCUUCCAAUUCGCCAACACUUUUACUGGCUGCCCUAAGGGAGCUCUUUAUGGAGCGUCUGUUAAUUGGUACUCUACGUGAGGAUUUCGACGAGCAGGUGAAUCCAUUCUAUACCGAGCAGUUGCUCACGCUGAACAGAAAUCUAUGGAACUGCCUCAGAACCCUUGAAAGUGCCUCACACGCCGAGAUUACCAGUGCUUGUCUUGAACUCAAAAACGAACUAGCUCAUCUACAAAACCAGGAGGAGUUUUCAGCCUUGCUGCAGCAGGUCAGCAGCAGCUACAAGGGAUUGCGCACUUAUCAAAGGCAGUAUCGCAACUCCAUCCACUGCUAUCAGCUGGAGAAUCUCUCAACGCGUCUGGACUGUGUGCAAGGGCCUUCGGGCGAAGAUGGCACUGAUAUCUCCAGUUGCUACCGCUAUCAGGGUCCACCCUUGUCAGGUCUGUUUCUUUCCCUGAUUUGUCAACCGAAUGGACAGCUGCGAUCGGUGCCACUCAGCGAGUUGCAGGAAUGGCGCUCAUCCCUACAGCAAACUCGUCAUUUGCUCUGGGAGAAUUCCCAGCUACUGAGUCCUCGAUACAGUGCCAGGGUUAACUGCCUGGCAGAGGCCCAGGAAAAUGCCAGACAACUGCUGCAGGAGGUGGAGUAUGUGGGUGACUUGAGUCGAAUGGAACAAAAGCCAAAUGAAGGCUUUGAAAGUUGCACCAAGGAACUGACCAAGGUCCUCCAAGACUUGAAGGAGGAUAAACUCAAUACCGACUCUCUGGUAAGCGUUUUUAAUAUUGCUUUAUCCAAUGUCCUGGUGGGAGCCCUUGAGCUUUGCUUACUCACCAAUGCCCCGCUGAUUGAUCCCGUGGAGAAAAACCGUCUAAAGAACCAAUAUAUAACUGAGGAUAUCGAUUGUCUUGGAACUCUAACCACUGCCUAUGACUUUAUGAAGAUUGUUAUGAAGUACCGGCACUUUGGAGCCGAGAUAUACGACCAGCUGGAGGUCAGGUUGAAGGCCGCCCUUCAGCGGCAGCAGCGACUUUCCCAGAAGUUGGCCCUGCGCCCGGAGCAGUGUCUAUAUGCCGCCUUAGUGCAGGAUCUCACCCACUUUCUUCACUCGAAUGGGGACUGUGUAGCACUCUACAAGCUCUUCCUGCUUAUACGCUCCGAGUGGGGCAACUUCCAGGGUACCCAACCGGCGACCAAAGCGCAGUUAAAGAGCAGCACUGAGGCACUGGGAAAACUAGAGCUAUGGCUGGCCAAUGCCCAGAGAUUCGUGCAUCACACCCUGUCCAAGUAUUCAGCUUAUUACCAGGACUUUGUGGAGCCCAUCAAGUGUGCAGUAAACCAGCUGAGAUACGGUUUCGAGUCCCUAAAGGUGAUCUUUGCGAGAGUUCAGCGGGCGGGAAGCGUUAAACUGGCAGAGCAACUGCAGGAAACCAUAGCCGAUAUUGUCCAGUUCCCUUCCCAGCAGCCACUGGUAAUCAGGAACAGCAGGCUAUACUCCUUACUCUCAGAACUGCCCCACAGCGAGUACGAGUACUUCCGCCUUUUGAAGGCCAAGCUGAGCGAGCUGAGCAACUACAUCUCCCUGGGCAGUGUGAUAGAUGAAACCACCUUUGCGGCCUACGACGAUGCCCUGAGCAUCUGCAACCAGACCUGGCAGCAGGAGGAGCAGCGUCGCUGUCAGCUCAAGGCGGAGGCGGAGAGUCUAUAUGUGACCAGAACAAAGGGUGGAGUGGAGAGCGAGGAGCUGCAGGAGUUGCACGAGAUUGAGCAGAAUUUCCCCACCAACCUGGACGAAGACUUUGCAGAGUUCGUGUCGCAGCCCACCCUAGAGCAGGUCCUGAAGCUGGACAAGACGGCGAGUGCCAAGGCCAAGCAGGCGCAAAUUGUGCUUGAGGAGGAUUAUGCCUUCCUGGCCCGCAACUUUAUUGCCGUGAUGGGCCAGCACACGCCAGUUUAUUACAAGGACCAGUCCAAGUCUUCGAGGGAAUCGGAGCUACACUUACUCUCUCCCUACCGGGCACGUUUCCAGGUGUUUGCCCAUCUACAUGGCCACUAUAAGGUUGCCCUGGGCACGAGUCUGGAUGAGAGGGCCUGCAAUGGCCUGGCCUUUGGACUGGCCCUGCAGCAAAGGCAGCUGAAGGAUAUCGAGUUGGAGGAGGGAGUGCCUAGUGUUCCCUACGAUUUCUACAAGGACUCCAAUAUAAGUGAAAUCCAGAGCUGCCUGGGCGUGAUGGAGCGCAUUGAGAAGCGGGUGAUGGAACAGCUGGAGCUGUAUCCGGAGCAUGCCGGCCUGGCGGACAUCAAGCUGGUGAUUGGUCGCAUCCGCCGCCUGCCAGCUCACGCCUCCGUGGUGCGCUUUAACACGGGCUUCCAGCUGCUGAGACAGAAGCUGGCUUUGUGGAACGAAGUGGCUCACAGGAAUAAUAAUUUGGUUACAGAGGAGACCGAGGUGGCUGAGUUUGUACAGCGCUGGACACGACUGGAGCUUCAGCACUGGCGGAAUUGUCUAGGACAGACGGCGGCCCAAGUAGAGCUGCAGGCCUAUCGCUAUUGGUUCUUCAUUUACAACCUGCUGCAGCAGUUCCUGCACCAACAGCAACUUGAUCAGUCCUACACGGACAUCAAGUUUGCCGAACAACGCUUUGCCCAGGAGCAGCUGCUGGAUGCCCAAGACCUGGGACAGGCUCAAAGCUUGGAGCUACCUCAGGUUGUGCGCAUCCUGCGUCAGUUUGUGGAGGCCUCUUGCUAUGGAGAUUUCCAUAUACGCCUUCAGCUGCUCCACGGCUUCGAGAUGUAUCUCCAUAAUGUGGAGCAAGCGGGGAAGAUUGAAGGAUUGCCACCUCUAAUCGCCGCCUUGCACAACCUUCAGCUGUACUUCUCCCAGUUUGCAGGAGAGGUUUCGGACGCUGUGAAGUCCAAGCGAUCGCCCAUUGAAAAGAAGCUCAAGGAGUUUGUCAAGAUCCAGAGCUACAGCAAGGAUCUGAGCUACUUUAGCAUGCGCAACAGCGUUGCCAGCGUCCAUCGCAACCUGAACAAGUUCCUCAAAGAGUACCGGCUGGCUUUGCAGGAGAAGAUCAGCGAGGUCUUUCAGCCCAAGGACUCCACGGCCAAGGACUACACCUUUGGCAGCGACAAGGGCAAGGGCUUGAGGAACUACAACAAGAUGAAGUAUUUGAAUACGGAGCGGCAGCAGUUUGUGGCUAGCGAGAAGCUGCUGGAGAAGUAUGCCAUUCCCUUGGAGUUUGUGUCGGAGAACUCCCUACUCCAAAGGCUGGACAAGCACUUCCGAACAGCUCGUCAUGUGGUGAAGGAAACCCUGGGACAGGUGCCCUACUGCGAGCUAAUCACCGACUUGGAUGAUUUGCUGGCCAGCCAGCUGGAGCGUUGCGAGCACUUGCGAUCUUUGAACGUGGAUCGGUCAAAGGAGCGUCCCCAGCAGAAGCAGGAGGCCAAACAGAUCCUGCAGCAGAAGCGCAAGGCCCUCACGGAUCUCUUCAAGAUGCUGCAUCGUCUGGGUGCCAGCUACAAGACCGGUCUAAUGGAGCUCUCUCUGCGCAGCGAGUUUGAGGAUUUCCAGCUGAAGCCCUUCUCCAUACGGGCCAUGUUGCCACGCCUGCAUCCCAGUGCCCAGGAGUUGAACGAGCACCUAGAUCUGUACUACAUGAAGAGUGUGUUCAAGCUGAAGCUGCUCCAGAACAUUAUGCUGACUCCUUUGUCGGAGCUGGGUCCUCCCAAUAUCGAACGCAUCAAGGGCUUUGCAGUGGAUCUGUUCCUCCUUGUGCAGCAACAAAGGGAGCAGCUAUCUGGAUCCACCAAGGAGCUCUAUGAGCUACGAAACUCUUUGGAGAACUUGCGAAAGCUGGCUGAGAUUUUGCCGCAGGCGGAAAGUGAUCCUGCUACUCUGAGCUUUGCCCGAAGUGCCGAUGCAGCAGCUCUGCUCAAGCGUAAUCUCUGCCAGAUUUAUUACGUGGUGAAGCAAUGGCAACUGUUGCUUAGCUGUGCUCCCAGUUCUAUUAAGGAAAACAGUGGCAACAGCGUACUGGUUAGGAGUGUUCCCUUGGCCCAACAGGAACUGCAGGAUCUAAGCAGACAGAUCCUGAGCAGCAGUCAAAGAUUGCUAAACGAACUUAAUGCCGGCAGUCUGGAGUUCCUGUCCCGGGCAAAGUUGGAUUAUUACACUAAAAACUAUGAGCAGAUUUUGCAAAUCAUUGAAAAGGCUUUGGAAACUCUUCGAGCAGGUCAGGGGAACGAACAUCUGCCGGUGGCACAGCCCUUACUGGAACUUCUAGCCAACCUGCGAGCUGAGAAGCCUGUGGAGAUUCUCCCGGAGAGCAUAGAUCUGGCCAAUGCCGACACAGAGCUGGCCAACAUAGCUCACAGUGUCCUAAUCUCCCUGCAAAAGAUUUACAAACAGCACGUAGCCAAGCCGGAGGCUGAACAGAAUGGUGGCGAUGCCAAGGAUCAGGAGUCCCAAGAGGCCUUGCAAGAGCAGCACCUGAAGAAGUGUCUCACUGGGGAACUCACCUCCGAUUGGCAACAGCUAAGCCUGCCCCGUGUGCUCGACAAGCUCUCCAAUGUAUUGCUCGUGCUCAGACACUCAGAUUCCCAAAGCAAGGACAAGUUGUUGUGCGUGCGUCGGGCCAUCGCCCUGCUGCCCAUUCUGGAGCAGUAUCAGCUGCUGGCCGACUACCUACUCCUCCAGCAGUUGGCCACCCACAAGGUCUCCGCCAAGAUGCUGUCCAUUGUACUGACCGUGUUCGUGGAGAUUGGGAGCAAGGGCUUCUGUGUGCCGCCCGAUCUCAUGCAGGAUGAGGAGGGUCAAUCCAAGCAGGAUUCGAAGAACGGCGAGGGCUUUGGUUUGGAGGAUGGCACUGGGGAGAAUGAUGCCUCGGACAAAAUUGAAUCCGAGGAUCAGCUGGACGAUGCCAAGCGGCCGGAGGAUCGCAAAGACGAGGGCGACAAACAGGAGCCCGACUGCAAGGAGGAGAAGGGCAUCGAGAUGAGCGAUGACUUUGAUGCCAAGAUGCAGGAUGUGGACAAGCCGGAGGAGGAUGACAGUGGAGAGUCAGAAGACGAGGAGGAUCUCAAUAAGGAGAUGGGCGAGACGGAGGAGGGUGCUGAGAAGCUGGACGAUCAGAUCUGGGGCGAUGACGAGGAGAAGCCCGAGGAAGAGGAGGAGCAGCCUGAGAUGAACGAGGAGGAUCAGGGCAAGGGCAGCAAGGAUGAGAAGGAUGCGCAUAACGAUCUGGACACCAAGAACGAUGCGGCCAAGGAGGAUGGCAAGGACGAGCACGAGAAGGACGGCUUGGAUGCCACCAACGAGCCGAGCGGCGAGGACAAGCGCAAAGAGCAGGCCAAGGACAUUGACGAUAUGAAGGAACCCGAAAUGGAUGAGGAGCAAACGAAUGCCAUGCACAACGAGCUAGAGGAGCCGCCCGAGCCCGAGGAAAUGGACCUGGGUGACAUGAACAACGUGGACGAGGGUCACGACGAUCCGGAGGAGCAACAGACCACCGACGAGAAUCCCUUCGACAUUGAUGCCAUGAAGGAGAACAUGCAACCGGCUGAGGAACCCGAAGCAGAUGCCGAUGAGGAACCUGUCGGCGAGGAUGAGGGCAACGAUGCCCAGAGCGAUGGCAGCGACUCGGAAGAGGAUGAGGCGGGCACUGAAACCAAGCCAGCUCAAGAAGGCCCAGACGAGGGUGACGAAGCCACGCCCGAAGACGAAAAGGAAGAGCCCGAGACGCAGACACGCGGCGAAAUCGAGGAGGAAGACGAACCCAAGCCAGAGGAUGCCUCAGAGGAUUCCAAAGAAGAGGAGAAGCGCGAGGAAAAACCAGAGCAGCAUACCCAGUCCAAGGACAAGGCCAGCAAAGAGGAAAACGUGCAAUCCAUACCAGAGACCGAGCAGAGCAGUUCCGCAGAUCAGGUGCAGCCUCAGGACCAGGAUAUCAAGCAAGACCAAAAGAUGGACGAACAGGAAACGGGCGAGGAGAAGGAUGGCGUCGGCCAGGCGGAGAACGAUACAAACGAUGGCGGUCAUCAGGGCGUGGCUGAAACCCAGGAAACUGUGUCCCAGGAGGAGCGCAAAAACGAGCGGCAAACGCAGGAGAAGCGAAAGCAGGGACAAACCAAUGAAGAGCGUUCCUUGGGUGAAGCGGAAAAGAACAAAUUAAAGCAGCUCAAGACAAUUGACCAGCUGAAGGAGUCCAAGGACGACGAUGAUCAGCCACAGCAGCCGGAACCCAUGGAUCAAGCAGAGGCUGAGGAAUAUCAGCAUGUCAAGGAGCCCAAGAACAGUGACAAAACCACCCUGGACAAUGCCACCGAAGAGCAGUCAAAGAAAAUCCAGCAUCAGGAGGAGGAGCAACCCAACGAAGAAGAAACGGAAGCUGAGAAUAAUGAAGAAGUAAUGGAUACAGAAGAGCCGGCAGCUCAGCCAGAGGAUGAUGCUCAGCUGGAGCAGCUGGGAGCGGAAAAGACAGAACAAAAGUCCGAGAAACCCUCAAAGACAGAGCAGGCAAAGGAACGCCUGGAAACGCCGGAAGGCAUGGAGAUUGAGGGUGAGGUGGUGCCAACCAUGACAGUUCCUCGCAGUGCAGAAACCACGGCGCACAGCAACACCGAGCUCCUGCUGGACAAGAGCUCCCAUGCGGAGGAGCUUAGCUCAGUGGAGCAGAUGGAGCUCAGGCAGCAGUAUCACCAGCAGUUGACCACAUUCCGGGGGGUCCAGCCCCAGCACGAGGACUACGAGAGCUGGCAGAGUAUUUCCAACCGAAUGACCCAGAAUGCCCGCGAGCUCUGCGAGCAGCUACGACUCAUCCUGGAGCCCACAAAGUGCACACGACUGAAGGGUGACUACCGCACCGGACGACGCAUCAACAUGAAGAAGAUCAUUCCCUACAUUGCCUCACAGUUUCGCAAGGACAAGAUCUGGCUAAGGCGCACGAAGCCCGCGCAGCGUGACUACAAAAUCACCAUUGCCAUUGACGACUCCAAGUCGAUGCAUCACAACAAUUCUAAGACUCUUACCUUGGAGGCCAUCUCGCUGGUGUCCCAGGCACUCACCCUGCUGGAGAGCGGACGACUAAGCAUCGUGUCCUUUGGCGAGGCAGCACAGAUUAUACUCAACCAUACGGAGCAGUUCGAUGGCCCGCGGCUGGUAAAUGCCAUGAACUUUUCUCAGGACAAGACAAAGAUUGCCGGACUCCUGGACUUUAUACGCACUGCCAAUGCAGAGGAGAGCGGCCUGGGCGGCGACAAUGGCCUGUUUGAGAACUUAUUGCUGGUACUCAGCGAUGGGCGAAACAUAUUUAGCGAGGGCGCCCAGAAAGUGAAGAAUGCCAUUAAGCUAGCACGCCUACAGCGCAUCUUCCUGGUCUACAUAAUCAUUGACAAUCCGGAUAACAAGAACUCUAUCCUAGAUAUACAGCACGUGGCUGUCAAUGCAGACGGAUCCGUAAACAUCAGCUCCUACCUGGACAGCUUCCCAUUUCCCUACUAUGUGAUCGUCCGAGACCUCAACCAGCUGCCCCUGGUGCUCAGCGAGGCGAUGAGGCAGUGGUUCGAGCUGGUCAACAGCGAGUAAUGGCAUUAGCCAUCCCGGAGAUAUCAUAGAAAAUAUGAUUUUCUUAGUUUUAGACAUUAAUAGACAAGUAAUUUAAGUAGUUAAUUGAUAAGGAAAAUGAAUUCAAAGUGUAUUCUUUUUGUUAUUUUAACCCAAGGGUUCCUGACCCGCCAUUGAAAGGCGUU